GUCGAUUAUCGCUACCUACAUUUUGUAUUUUCGUGGAUCUUUUUUCAACUGCUCGCCGUGUCACGUCAUGCCAACCCCCUUGACAGCAUCGAAUCGACGCCUUGCUCGACAGAGGGAUGUCUGCCAGGAGCAGACGGCGAGCCCGCAUGGGCAGAAUCGACAAUGGCGAUGUGCCGCCAUCGCUGCGCAGCGCAGCACUCGCGUGUCUAGAUGAGGCGAACUACAUGUCAGGGCUGCACACCCGGUAUGCGCACACGCACGCACAUGCAGCGAAGAGCAGCCUGCAGGAAGACAGAGAGCGUGUGAAAUGCGUCGUCUCAUCUGGCCUUUGUUUCUGCGAUGGCGCAUGUCUUUCUGUGUGCACAGGCGUGACCAGCUGACGGGUGGCGAACCAGCUGACGGAGACGCCGACCAAUCGCCAGACCAACAGGUCAGAAAAUACUUCAACCUCGCCUUCUGAGGAAAGGUGCUCUCACAGCCCUUUGCUGCUGCUGUUGUGUGUGUGUGCAGGGUGCGGGUGGCCUAGAGGAUGUUGGUGAAUCGCAACCGUCUGCUGCUGCGCCACAGGCUGGGGGCGGCGAGCAGCCACUCACGGCAGCACAGGCGUCUGUGUUCGCCGGAUAUCUCCAGUCGCUGCAGGUGGGAAACGAACCAUUGCCACCCUCACAAACUCACACAUGCAUCCCUUCACUCCCUGCUUGUGCGGUGUUGGUCCCUGUGUGGUAUCAGUCUGGGGUAUCGGAGGCGCACGAGACGCGAGAGACCCUCGAAAGCCGAGCGGCCCAGACCCAGCCAAGACCACCGUCCCCGCCCCUUCCCCCACCCCCUUCCCCUGCACCCACCCCUCCCUCUCAGCCCGAUGCCGCCCCGAGGGUAGACGAGGAGGAGUACAGAGGACUUCGAAAGCAAUGCAGACGCACACGGGCACAAGGACCGCCCAGUUGGUGACUCGCUCGGCUCCUCGCCCCAGCGCCAGGAAAUAGUCCUGGAAGAGCAGCCAUUCCCUUCAGCAGCGGCAGCAGCGGCCCGGCUGGUGAGCGCUCCCUCGGCAGUCCCCACGAUGCAUCGACCAGGGGGCAUCCGCCCUCGAGUUCUCACUGGCAGAGGGGGAUUUCAUUUUGUCAUUCAUGUGCCUCUCUGGUGUGUCUAUGCAAGUCGAUCAUCGCUACCUACAUUCUAUAUUUUCGUGGAUCUUUUCCGCAAUUGCUCGCCGUGUCUCGUCAUGCCAAGCCCCCUUGACAGCAUCGAAUCGACGCCUUGCUGGAUAGGAUGCCCUCAAGAUCGGAGCAACGCGCCGUUCCCUCACAUGAAUGAAUGCAGGAGAAGCUUGAGACAUGUGAGAGGCAGCUGGUUGAGGCGCUCUCCGAGUGUUUGUCUCUUCUGGAUCAUCGACUGGUUUAUCACCAACAUAAAGGUCCGGCCCUGCACGAACAUCAUCAUCAAUAAAAAGAGUCUGUACGUGUCGUUGGUUGGGCUGACGAAGUGACUGGCAGGACAGCGAGUAAGUAUUCUCCCGUGGCCUGAUGCUGCACCUCGGCGCAGCGCCAUUGCAUUCGGCUACAAGAUGUUACUGAACUUGGGAGACCAAGCCAGCUGUCAAGUCGUCUGUGUGUGAGAGGGAGUGAGAGAGAGAAGCGGAGGAAAGGCUGGACGGCUGGAUGGGUGUGUCCCUUUGUCUUGUCUGUCUGUCCGUCUGUCUGUCUGUCUCUCUGUCUAGAGGAGCAUUUUGCAUUUAUGGCAGUAACUCAGGUGGACGGAUCUCUCUGUGUGUGUGAAUGCCUGCAUUGCAUCUAUGUUAAGUGAAGUGCAUACCUCGGU